CUUUAAUAGAGCACAUUUUCAAAUCGUCUCGUUUCUUUGGUGAACAGGGUCGAUAUAUAAAGUAGUAUCUUUUUUUGUUCUAAAAAAUUUCUGGACAGACCCACUCAACACUUAACCUUGAUAAACCAGAUUUGAUUGGGUUGAGUGUUGAGUGUUAACUUAAUAACAAAUCGUUGGAAAAAUGGCUGACAGGAAGGGACAGGAAGAAGAUUGUUCAGAGCCCAAAGUUUCUAGGCUGUCAACACUGGAACAACUCAGGAAAUACACUGUUGUGGUUGCAGAUACUGGCGACUUCGAAUCACUAAAAAAAUACCAGCCCACUGAUGCUACGACCAACCCAUCGCUGAUUCUGCAAGCCUCUCAGAAACCCCAAUACGCCAAACUGAUCGACCAGGCAGUCAAAUAUGCUCUCAAUAAAUCAGGAACUUCAGACGACAGCAGCCCACAAUCACUGGAGAGGGUGGUUGAGUUAUCGAUGGAAAAGUUGUGUGUGUUGUUUGGCUGUGAAAUUCUAAAAAUCAUCCCAGGCCGAGUUUCAACUGAAGUCGAUGCAAGGCUCUCAUUUGACAUGGAAGGGAUGGUCGAAAAGGGUUUGCAGCUGAUAAGUUUGUACAAGGAGCAUGGUAUUUCAAGAGAUAGAGUUCUCAUCAAACUGGCCUCGACAUGGGAAGGCAUUGAAGCUGGCAGAAUAUUAGAGAAGGAACACGGUAUCCAUUGUAACUUGACGCUGUUGUUUUCAUUCUGUCAGGCAGUGGCCUGUGCCGAAGCUGGUGUGGCCCUGAUAUCCCCCUUCGUCGGCAGAAUUUUGGACUGGUACAUGCAGAACACCGAUAAGAAAUCAUUUGACCCACUCGAAGACCCUGGUGUGAAAUCAGUGACAGCCAUUUACAAUUACUACAAGAAAUUCGACUACGGGACUGUCGUCAUGGCCGCCUCAUUUAGAAACGUCGAACACAUCAAAGCCUUAGCUGGCUGCGAUCUCUUCACUAUAAGUCCCGCCCUGCUGGAAGAAUUAUCGUCAUCUGAAAAACCUGUCAGUCAGUAUCUGAGCAUUGAAAAAGCCAAGAGUGAGGAUUCCGUGGUGAGGGUGAAGAUGGACGAGAAGACAUUCAGGUGGAUGCUAAAUGAUGACGUCAUGGCCAGCGAUAAACUUGCAGAUGGCAUCCGGAAGUUCGCAGCAGAUGCUGUCAAACUGGAGAACAUUUUGAGGGAGAAGAUUCUUGCUUGCAUGAAAAUGAAGGAAUGAAAUAAUUGAUGGAUGGAUCAUUCGUUCAUGCACUCAUUCAUUCAUUCGUUCGUUCGUUGAUUCAUUUAUUAAAUGAUUUUGAUAAGUGAACAUUUUGAAAAUAUGAAAUGAUUGAUGGAUAGGUGGAUGGUGUACACUCAUUCAUUUAUUCAUUCGUUCCUUCUUUCAUUCAGUGAUUGAAUAUGUGUGAAUUGAUGAUUUGAAGAAUGAUUUGAUUGAUGGUUUAUAAUGAAUGCAUGAUUUUUAUUUAAAACAAUUAGGUAUUAUUGCAUUCAUUCAUUAUUUUUUAACUGCUGAUCCAUCCAUUCACUUCUGAUUGAUUAAUGAACUGAUUGAUUGACUGGUUGAUUGAUUGACUGACUGGUUGAUCGAUUGAGUGAGUGAUUGAUUUCUUUUUUUAUCCUAAUCUUAAUAAUAAAAAAUGAAUUCAAGCAUAUUCAAAUUGCGUUUGGUUUUUAAUGCGUAAUAAUACGCU